UGAACUUGGCGUCAGGAGUGGGCGCCCCGGACACCCCCCGCCGGGGCCGGGGCGCCGAGGGACCUGGGCGGCAGCGUUGUCCCCCGAAUGGCCGCGGCGGCGGAUCGGGCUCCCGCGCCGCGGCCCUAGGUGGCCUCUCGCCAUGGCCAAGUGGCUGAACAAGUACUUUAGCUUGGGGAACAGCAAGACCAAGAGCCCCCCGCAGCCACCGAGGCCCGACUACCGCGAGCAGCGGCGCCGGGGCGAGCGACCCUCUCAGCCCCCCCAGUCUGUGCCGCAGGCAGCCUCAGCCACUUCGGCGUCCUGCGGUCCGGCCGCCGCCUCCUGCUUCUCAGCCUCGUCGGGCUCCUUGCCCGACGACAGCGGCAGUACGAGUGACCUCAUCCGCGCUUAUCGAGCGCAAAAGGAGCGCGACUUCGAGGACCCCUACAACGGGCCCGGCUCAUCGCUCCGAAAACUGCGCGCCAUGUGCCGUCUGGACUACUGCGGCGGCGGCGGCGGGGAGCCCGGCGGGGGCCAGCGCGCUUUCUCCGCCUCGUCCGCGUCAGGAGCUGCGGGCUGCUGCUGCGCCUCCUCGGAGCGACCUCGGCCACCGCCCCUCCCCCGCCCGCCCCCGCCCACCCCGGCCCUCCCGGGCUGCUGCUCCCCGGCGGAGGACGUGGCCAACCGCUUCGCCCGCAAAGGGGCGCUGAGACAGAAGAACGUGCACGAAGUGAAGGACCAUAAAUUCAUCGCCCGCUUCUUCAAGCAGCCCACCUUCUGCAGCCACUGCACCGACUUCAUCUGGCCCGCCACACCGGCUGAGGUGCGCUACAUCUCCCCCAAGCACCGCCUCAUCAAAGUAGAGAGCGCCGCAGCGGGUGGUGCAGUGGAUCCCCCGGGGGGCGCCUGCUCGGGCGGUCGCACCUGGAGCCCGACGGCUUGCGGAGGCAAGAAACUGCUCAACAAGUGCGCUGCCUCGGCUGCAGAAGAGAGCGGGGCCGGCAAGAAGGACAAGGUGACCAUAGCUGAUGACUACUCAGAUCCCUUUGAUGCCAAGAAUGAUCUCAAGAGCAAAGCAGGAAAGGGGGAGAGCGCUGGCUACAUGGAGCCUUACGAGGCCCAGAGGAUCAUGACAGAAUUCCAGAGGCAGGAAAGUGUCCGGUCCCAGCACAAAGGCAUCCAGUUAUAUGACACCCCUUAUGAACCCGAAGGCCAAAGCGUGGACUCGGACUCAGAGAGCACGGUCAGCCCCCGACUGCGCGAGAGCAAGCUGCCCCAGGAUGAUGACAGGCCUGCCGACGAGUACGACCAGCCGUGGGAAUGGAACCGGGUCACCAUCCCAGCCCUGGCAGCCCAGUUCAACGGCGGUGAGAAACGGCAGUCAUCCCCGUCACCCUCGCGGGACCGGCGGCGCCAGCUCCGUGCUCCCGGAGGGGGCUUCAAGCCCAUCAAGCAUGGGAGCCCCGAGUUCUGUGGGAUCCUGGGAGAAAGGGUGGACCCCGCCGUCCCCCUGGAGAAGCAAAUAUGGUAUCACGGGGCCAUCAGCAGAGGAGACGCCGAGAAUCUUCUGCGACUCUGCAAGGAGUGCAGCUACCUUGUCCGGAACAGCCAGACCAGCAAGCACGACUUCUCCCUCUCCCUGAAGAGCAACCAGGGCUUCAUGCACAUGAAACUGGCCAAAACCAAAGAGAAAUACAUUCUGGGUCAGAACAGUCCACCCUUCGACAGUGUCCCAGAAGUCAUCCACUACUACACCACCAGAAAGCUGCCCAUCAAAGGUGCUGAGCACUUGUCCCUCCUCUACCCCGUGGCUGUAAGGACCCUGUGAGCGGACCAGCCCCUCCCUGCUCUGUGACAGAGCCCGAGAUUUGGAGGAGCCAGCAGGGCACCAGCCCCGACCAGCCGGCCAUGUUGCCAGCCUGUUCACUUUGUCGUGUAUGGUACUAGCACACCACUGCAUGUCUUAGGAUGCUGUUGCCACUUAGGGGGGUCAGGGGCUGGAGAAGGCCUGGAUGAAGGGAGAGGGGUGGCCGCCACACUACCCUAGUCCCCACGCCCACCCCUCCUUGAGUUCUGUGAAUUAAAAUAUUUGCAAUCCAAAGAGAUGCCUUGCAGGGUGAACAAAGGCACAGCAGCUCUGGGGGGCGGGGCGCAGGCUGGGUGCUCCUGGGCUGCAUCUCUUUGUUCUCCAGCUGUCGGGAACUCACACCUGUGUGUGGGCAAAGUUUUCCCACUGGUGCUGGGAGCUGACUGUUGGCUCCCGGAGCCCAGGUGGCCUGGGGGGCCACUCCCUCUGGCGUGUGCGUAUCUCUGAGUGUGCACAGAAGCACAUAUGUGAGAGAUCAUGACCACACACACACACACACACACACACACAGUAAGCCCCAUCUACCUUUAGUCACAGUGUAAUCAUUAGAUCUCUAAGGAAUCAUUGUGCCGUCAAAAAGAAGAUGCAAUUAUUUAUGAAUAGGGUGUGUAAAUAAAAUAGUCAUUUAAUAUAUAUUCUUAUCCCUUUUUUAUAUACCACCGUGGGCUCCCAAAGGCAGUGCUUGUCUGUGGGUUUCCUGCCCUGAGCAAGCUGUGUCUCCCGAGCUUACUGGUUGGUGUGACAGGCCCUGGGUGGGGCAAGGGCAGAGACUCCAGGCAGGCAGCUGACCGGGCAGAGGCACACAGGGGAGGCAGUGUGGCCAAAGGACAGUCACCUGCAGGAAAGUGUAGCUGGGCCCUGUGUUGAGGCUUCAGCAAUAUAAUCAGGCUGACCAAGCAACUAGGCCCCCACCUGCCAGUGAUGACCAUUUCUAGCUGCGUCCUCAGGUGCCCAGCACCCAGCAGUGUAAAAAGGACUCUUCCCAUUAUCCAAUCAGUGUCACCCUGUGGAGAAAAGGGAGGCUCAGAGAGGGAAAGUCACUUGUUCAAGGUCACAUGGUUUAUAAGCAGUGGAGCAGACUCCAGGGCCACUGCUCUGUCAAUCAUUGGUUCUGCAUGACCUCACUGUCACCCUGCUCUGGAGGUGGGGGUGGGGACAUGGAUGCUGGUAUCCACACUGCGUCCACACAAAUAAAACCACCUGCACAGGCACAGAUGGCAUCCUGUCUCUGCCUUCUCCACCACUCAGUAGGGUGACAGGUGUGGCUUCCACCUGCUGAAUGAGGUGCAAGAGAUUCAGCCAGGGUUGCUGCAAGUACAGAUGCUCCCCGUACCCUGCGGAUCUGAAAGGACUGGAAGAGUGGUGGCCCACUGUGACGGUGAUCUCCAGCACACAGGGGAAGAGUAGGAGGCGCUGAGCCUAGACAUCACCAGCGGGUCUAGACUUAGUCCUUCCGAGAUGGCUCAAGCCCAGGGCUUUAGAGAUGGUUUAGGCUGCUUCUCAGAUGUGGAGGCAGAGACCCAGAGGAGCAGGACUUGCCAAGGCCGCCUGUCAGGCUGGGGCAGAUCAAGACUAAAAGCUACAUUUGGGCGGCUGCCCUGGAUUUCAGCAAUUUCUGGCCAAAGCCAUUUCCUGGGCCUCCCUUCCCUAACACCCAAUCCGCCUCUGGGGUCAUUCUCUGGUCCCUGUAUGUCGGCCCAAGGGCUGUAGCCCCUCAAGACGACUGAGUUGGCUGCAACCUGGGUUUAGUCUCCAGGGAAACCAACUCUGACCCUUGCCUGUUUUGCAUUUUCCAAAAUGUCCUUCAGGGCACUGGGGGAGCAGGAGUGACCAAGGCCUCUGGUGGGGGCGAAUGAGGAAAAUGAGCCAGGAACUGGCACUUGUCCAAACAGGUGCCACUGGAGUCUGGCUCCCAGAACACCUGGUGGAGGCCGAGGAUGUGGGGAGGCAACCCCAUGGGCCAGCAGGAGGGAAAGGCUUUCAUUGUCCACAGCCCUCCCAGAGCCCAUCUGCCAGAGAACUUCUCAGAAAGGCUGUGCCUGUGGGCGAGGGGAAGCUGCCUCUCCCUCUCUCUUGCCUUUGCUUCUUUAAGGAAUUCCCAGGACCCUCCCUUCUAAGCCCCCUGCCUUCCUCUUCCAGAAAUUUCCCCAGAGGCCCAAUCUCCUGCUCCCCUUAGGGACCAGGGCCAGCAGAGGAGCCAGCACACAGGACAGGAGCUGCUAAAAGGAUUUUUUUUUUUCCUUAAUUUUAUGAACCUCUCCCUCUUCUUCCUCUAAUUGUGGCCGUUUCCUCCGUCAGCGUGUAUUCAUGUUUUCUUGGACAUCUAACAAUUGAAACAGCUUUUCCCUUUCAGAAACACUCACACUCAGGUGACUGGCGUGGGUUUGGUUUUUGUUUUGGCUUUUUUUUUUUUUUUUCAUUUGCUGCCAAUUAAUGGAAAGGGGAAAAAAAAAAUGGGCUGGAUUUCUUUGAGUAAAAAAGAAAAGCUCCCGGCCACACCAUAUCUCCCCCUCAGCAUCUUGUCUCAGAACGCAACCUCCAGCCACCAACGGGCGGUUGUUUUCUUUCUUUGCCUCCUUUGCUGACUUCAUUGUUGACCACAAUGCCCUAGGCACUUCAGCGGCUCUGUCCUUGAGCGCUGAGGAGUCAAGGACCCUUUUGGCAGCCCAGCAGAACAAGAUGGCAUCCACAGAAAGAAAGGAGGCUUUGUCGGGAGAGGCCCACCUGCCUGUCAGCCCUGAGCCUUUCAGUGGGGGGUCCCCUGGAGAGACUCCCAGAGCAGCCCUGCACAGGCAGGUGGUGAAAGGCUGAGUCUUCAGGCAGGCUGGGCCUCUCCCUGCAGGGCCACUCCGGGCUGGUGGCAGGAGCCAUUCCCCUGGAGCUUCCCCCAAGGACCUCGUGUCAACAGGUGACGCCCUGGGGGGGGAGGGGGGCUCUGCUCCCGCCGUUACAGGAUCAAGACUGUGAACACCAAGCCCAGCAGCUCUCAGAGACACUCAGAAGUCGCUGAUGUCACUUGGCAAGGGUUUGGCAACGACAGGUGGCCAGGCCGAUCCUGUGCUCCCACAGGCCAUGGGGAAGUACAUGCAGAAAGCCUGCUCACGGAGCAAACUGGCUUUUGGGGUUGGCCCGUGGACACUCCUCCCGAAGGGCCUUGCCUGAAUCAGGUGACUGUCCAACAAACCACUCCAUCUCUUCACACUUCUGGAACAGUGACCCGCAAAGACCAAAUCUUGAAGGCACCCUUGGGGCACAGGUGGCCCUGGCCUCUCAUCAUCCUCCUGGGGGCCGUUGGUAUCACUGCCUCCUUCUAACCAUUCAUGGCUGAAAAUAUGUCCUGUAAAGUUCCAAUUCUAUGUGAUACACUGUAUAAUGAUGUAUAUUUAAUGUGAAGUUUUUAAUAUACAAAUGUCUUGUUUAAGUGUC